GGACCGACACACACAGACAGGGCUUAGGGAAAAGAGAACACGUCAAGAUGAAACUCUUCACUUCGGUAGUUUUAUUCGGGGCCGCAGUGGCCCUAGUCAGCGCGGCAGCAGCAGGCACCGAGGGGGAGAUCUCCUUCGAGUACCACCGCUAUGAGGAGCUGCGGAAGGCUCUGGUCUCGGUGUGGCUGCAGUGCCCGACCAUCACCCGCAUUUACACCAUCGGGGAGAGCUUCGAGGGCCGCGAGCUGCUGGUGCUGGAGAUGUCAGACAACCCCGGGACGCACGAACCUGGUGAGCCUGAGUUCAAGUACAUCGGCAAUAUGCACGGAAACGAGGCCGUGGGCAGAGAGCUGAUCAUCUACCUAGCUGAGUACCUGUGCAACCAGUACCAGCAAGGCAACGAGACCAUCAUCGACCUCGUCCACAACACUCGCAUCCACCUGAUGCCCUCCAUGAAUCCAGAUGGAUUCGAGAAGGCCGCCUCUCAGCCCGGAGAGAUUAAGGACUGGUUUGUGGGCCGCAGUAACGCGCAGGGCGUGGAUCUGAACCGUAACUUCCCCGAUCUGGACCGCAUCAUCUACAUCAAUGAGAAGGAGGGUGGAGCCAACAACCACCUGCUGCAGAACAUGAAGAAGGCUGUGGAAGAAAACACCAAGCUGGCUCCAGAGACCAAAGCAGUGAUUCACUGGAUCAUGGAUAUCCCCUUCGUGCUGUCAGCUAACCUGCAUGGAGGAGACGUGGUGGCCAACUACCCAUAUGAUGAGACCCGCACUGGCUCCACUCAUGAGUACAGCUCCAGUCCAGAUGAUGUUGUGUUCAAGUCUCUGGCCAAGUCUUACUCCAUGUACAACCCAGUCAUGUCCGACCCCAACCGCCCCCCCUGCCGUAAGAACGACGACGACUCCAGCUUCAAAGACGGCAUCACUAACGGAGGGGCCUGGUACAGCGUGCCCGGAGGAAUGCAGGAUUUCAACUACCUCAGCAGCAACUGUUUUGAGAUCACUCUGGAGCUCAGCUGUGACAAGUUCCCCAGUGAGGACAACCUGAAGACUUACUGGGAGCAGAACCGCAACUCACUGGUCAGCUACAUCGAGCAGGUUCACCGGGGUGUAAAGGGCUUUGUGCGUGACCUCCAGGGAAGCCCCAUUUUCAAUGCCAGCAUCUCUGUGGAGGGCAUCGACCACGACAUCACCACAGCCAAAGAUGGAGACUACUGGCGCCUCCUUGCUCCAGGAAACUACAAAGUGGCAGCCACUGCCCCAGGAUACCUGACGGUCAUCAAGAAGGUGGCUGUUGCCUUCAGCCCUGCAACCAGGGUGGACUUUGAGCUGGAGUCUCUGAUGGAGAGGAAGGAGGAGGAGCGCGAGGAGCUGAUGGACUGGUGGAAGAUGAUGUCGGAGACACUGAACUUCUAAAGCAUUUUGUCUGGCUGAUGAUCGGACCGUCUGCACAACGAUGUAAUAUAUUCAACAUUUUGUGUGCCCGUCCACUCUUAAAAGAAGAAUAUAUUGUCUCUUUAUUUGUUUUGUUCUCUUUUCGAUCAUUAUUUUAUGGAUUAUUACUGUUUAUUAAUGUAAUGGUUUGCCUCAUACUCCUGUUGAAUAUCCUGCAGACACAGAAAUAGACACAGGAGGACUUUGCAGGUAGUUUGUUGGCAGUGAGAUCGGUGUUGAUUUCUGUGGUAUUGUGUUCUUUGUCGUACACGUGAUUUGGUAACCAUGGCACCCAUCUAUAUAACCAACGAGUGACUGAGUAAUUGUGUAUGUAAAAGAGCUGUUUACAUCAUUGCCACAUGGAUCUGUCGAAAAGUAUUCAUUAUUUUAACUGUUUUAAAUGUCUCCGUUUCUCCAGGCUUUAGUACAAAUUCAACAAAAAAACACAUUCCCACACAGUAAUUUGCAAGCACACAUUAACUCUGUUUUUCUCUAUGUAAAAUUCGCUAAGGUUUAGAGAAAGUCUGGGACAUUAAAAACACUGUAAAAUUACUGUAAACAUUAUAUUGCAAAAAUAUAUACAUGCAGCACCGUUUCCCUGUUUGUUAUCGAUGUUGAGAUCUCUUUUUUUUAAACUGACGGCAGCACAGCUUUGAUUUUAGCACAAGAUGAAUGGUUAUAAUAUAUACUGUAUUUAUGAACUAUAGGUAUAGCAAGAAAUGUGUGGUUUUGUAACUUAAAAAUCAAAGAAACAAGGCCAUAACAUCGAUAAAUCAGUCCACUUGAGUCUACCAAAAGCCAUUUUCCUUUGUACGUGCAUUUCACAGGUAAUACUGUGGUACAUAAGGAAAUGUGGUACAUGCACAAGUUGUGUUUUUCAAGGAUAAAUUAACACUAAUCUUCUAAGUAGAUACAGAAAGUUUAACUGACUGUAGAGAUGAAGUUCACCUGGUUUGAGACCGCAUACAUAAAUUAUUGAAUGUAUAUCUAUAGAAACAGUUACAAAUGUAAAGAAUGAACUGAUCAAUAAAACUCCCAUCUUUAUGUUGUCAA